AACAUUUAAUAAACAUUUCCCUUAAACAUUCCCCAUCACAGAAUUUCAGACUCCCGGCGAUUCAGAAAUGGAGUCUGACUCACCCAAUCCCCCAACUCAGUCCGUCGAUGUCCAAAUCCUAACUACCGAUCUCGAAACCCUAACUCUCUCUACUGAUCCGCUGACGGACCAGUUCGGAUCGCUCAACGAUCUCAGCCACGAGCUCGCUUCUCUCCAAGACCUCGCUCUCCGCGGCUCGUGGCGGUCCGUACUUGACAAGGUCGGCCGUGCCCGAACCCUUUCCCUCCUACAGAAGCCCCAUGAUCACCUAACCUACCUAUCCUUCAACGUGCUUGCCCUUAUGAAACUACGUCGUUUCUCUGAAGCCUCUACCGAGCUUGAUACCGUCGAAGAUCUCGAUGGAUCCCAGUACCGCUACGAGACUUACCCGAAUGUUUACCCGAAUCGGUCUGGAUCCAUGGUCCCUUUCUCCCUCCGGUGGCUCCACGCCAUAGUUCCCGCCAAAUUGGGCCGCCGUCAAGAUGGGCUGGACCGCCUCUACGUCCUACUUGACUUUGUACGGACGAAGGUAAGCGAGAAGGAGAAUGCAGAGGGUUUGAAUGUCUCUGUGAGGGCGUGGAAGAAGAGGGAGUUUUUCGUGACGAACUCCAUUAUCGGGCUUCAUCUUAGCAGCAAAGAAUUCUCCGUGUGUUUGAGAUUGAUCAAAGAUUUGCUUAAGCGAGAUGGUUCAGACCCAAUUUUGUUUUCGAAGCUAGGUUACAUUCAGAUGCAAAUUGGGGAUUUGGAGGGUGCGAAGAAUAUGUUUAAUCAGGUCGAGGGUUUGAUGAAGGAAAGCGAGAAAAGUAAUGGGUCGUUGAGCGAAAUCCAGUUUAAGAGCCUUGUGAAUAGGAACAAGGCAUUGGUUUAUUUGGUUGGCAAGGAUUAUGUCUCGGCUGUGAGGGAGUACGAUGAGUGCAUUGAGCGGGAUCAUUCUGACGUUGUGGCUGUCAAUAACAAAGCUCUUUGCUUAAUGUACUUAAGGGAUUUGUCUGAUUCCAUUAAAGUUCUGGAGAAUGCACUUGAAAGGGUACCUACGGUGGCUUUGAAUGAGACUCUUGUUGUGAAUUUGUGUAGUAUGUAUGAGUUGGCUUAUGUUAAUCACUCCGAUAUUAAGAGGACGUUGAGUAACUGGAUUGCCAGAGUUGCACCUGAUGAUUUUGAUUCGUCAUGUACUCGGAUUUAAGGUAGUUUUAGUGGAAUGUUUUUCAUUUUGAGCUAAUUUAUACAUUUUUUUUGAGUAUAUACAAUGGAUUGACACUACUAGAUGGAUCGAUUUGAUUUCCAUUCUCUGUAUUUGAGAUAAUAAAUUAUUCAACUCUUUGGUCUAUCGUCGCUUGCUUCUCGCGGUUUUUGAACUGUGAAAUUUGUAUUGCUUCUGGUGUAUCGGAUUACUUUUUGCUGUUGUUGUA